UACUUGAUAAGAAUACGCGAUACGAUACCAAGCACUUUUUUCUUUCCGCGGCGCUCCCUUGAGUCAUUUCCCAGCGAUUCACACACCCAGUGCAAAGGCAACAAUAUGGAGCCCGUCUAUCCAGCUGCACCCUUGGAGAAACCCAAGGGAUCCGAGGCCACGGUGCUACAGUCCCAACCUGCAGAGCACCAGCAGCUCCUGCCGCCAGCGCCACCGAGCUACGACCAGGCCACCUCCAUUCCGGCCGAGACCACGGGACCAACUCCAGACAGACCAGCUUCGGUCACCACCCAGCACACGGUAGUCGUGGUGCCUGGUUCGCCCUACGGCCCGGAACCCAUGGACGUGCAGUGCCCGCAUUGCCACAAUUACGCCCGCACUCGGGUCUCCUACAGACCCAAUUCGCGCACCCAUCUGAUCGCCCUGAUAUUGUGCCUGUUCCAGUUGUACUGCUGUGUGUGCCUGCCGUAUUGCAUUUCCAGUUGCAUGAACACGAAUCACUACUGUGGCAUGUGCGAUCGUUAUUUGGGCACCUACGAUCGUAAGUGAGCAACUAAGGAGUUUUUGUCUGGGCUCUCUGCCCAUUUGUACACAUUUUCUUCAAAUGAUUAGUUAAUAAAUGGCCUGCAACAAGCAAGCCGAACCAAAA